GAACUAAAUUAUGUUUUGAUGCAGAUCAGGAUUUUUCUGCAGGCACAACAAUAGUUGAAAAGAAGACAUGACCCCAAGGCGAUGUGUUUCAGCAACUCACUAGUUAUGCUAAGGAUCAACCGAAAUUGACAUUCUGAGAUCCCUCCCCCUCUGGAGUUGGGCAGCUCCUGCUACUGACAUUUCCUCCUCAUCUUAACUCCCUCUCCCGUGCCUUCUUCCACAGAAACUCAGGGACAGAGUAGAAAAUUAGAAAAAAUUCCCAACUAAGAUAAAAAUUCCUUGCUGCCGCUCCUGGCCUCUGUCUCCUUCAGUUUCUCCCUCCCGUCCUUUCCAUAAGUAAUAAAUGGUAAAUCUGAAACUAGCAAGAUGAAGUUAGCAAACUUUUUGUUCACUUUCUUGCUUCAAGUCUGUUUCCUAUGGAGCGGGGCACUGGCUCAACAGACAGAAAUAGUCAACAGAGUUGAAACCUUUCAAGAUUGCCCCGUUGAUCUGUUUUUCGUUCUGGAUACAUCAGAAAGUGUUGCUUUAAGGGUAAAGCCAUUUGGAGACUUAGUUGCACAGGUGAAAACAUUUACCAACCGGUUCAUUGACAAGCUAACAGACAGGUAUUACCGGUGUGACCGGAACUUGGUGUGGAAUGCCGGAGCUCUGCAUUACAGCGAUGAGGUCGUGCUGAUCAAAGGGCUCGACCGAAUGCCGGCUGGACGAGAUGACUUAAAGAGGAGAGUGUCUGGUGUGGACUACAUCGGGAAAGGCACCUAUACGGACUGCGCGAUCAAGAGAGGGAUUGAGGAGCUGCUCAUCCGCGGCUCCCAUCAGAAGGAGAACAAAUACCUGAUUGUGGUGACAGACGGACACCCCUUGGAAGGGUACAAAGAGCCAUGUGGAGGACUGGAAGAUGCUGCCAACGAAGCAAAGCAUCUGGGGAUCAAAGUGUUCUCCAUUGCCAUUUCUCCUGACCAUCUGGAACCAAGGCUGAGUGUUAUUGCCACGGAUAACAGCUAUCGUCGCAACUUCACAGCAACCAGCCUUAUACAGUCUCCGGUAGAUACUGAGAGUACAAUAGAUACCAUCAUAGAUAUGAUUAAAAAGAAUGUGGAACAAGUGUGCUGCUCCUUUGAGUGCCAGCCUUCUAGAGGGCCUCUGGGACCACCUGGGGAUGCAGGAUAUGAGGGUGAAAGAGGAAAGCCAGGUCUUCCCGGUGAGAAAGGAGUUGCUGGAGACCCGGGCAAGCAAGGUGACCUGGGACCCAUUGGCUACCAGGGGAUGAAGGGAGAAAAAGGCACUCGAGGAGAAAAGGGCUCGCGAGGAUCCAAAGGAGCUAAGGGGGAGAAGGGCAGGCGUGGCAUUGACGGCAUAGAUGGCAUGAAGGGGGAGAGUGGAUUUUCUGGAUUGCCAGGCUGCAAGGGAUCGCCAGGAUUUGAUGGAUUACAAGGCCCUCCUGGACCUAAUGGAGAUCUUGGUCAAUACGGACCCAAAGGACUGAAGGGAGAACCUGGGGAAGCUGGGAACCCUGGCAGACCUGGGUAUCCAGGAAACAAUGGAGACAAGGGACAAGCUGGCAGUCCUGGUGGCCCUGGAGAGAAAGGGGAGUUGGGGGAUGAGGGAGCUCCAGGCCAAGUUGGCCCACCUGGAGAAAGGGGAGGCAACGGAGGACGAGGGCCACUGGGCACCCCCGGUAUUCGUGGGCCCAGAGGAGACAAGGGUGAUCCUGGCCCACAAGGUGACCAAGGACGGGAAGGACCACUCGGACUGCCCGGAGACCCGGGUGAGGGUGGUCCGAUUGGACCCAAGGGGUACAGAGGAGACGAAGGACCCAUGGGACCUGAGGGCCCCAAAGGACCCCCUGGAGCCAUCGGAUUGCCUGGAGACCUUGGCUUGAUGGGUGAAAGGGGAGCGGAUGGCAUUCCAGGAAAUGGCACAGAUGGUUUCCCAGGCUUCCCAGGCUACCCAGGCAACAGAGGAAAUCCUGGUCUUAAUGGCACUAGAGGCUAUCCUGGUCCCAAGGGCGAUGAAGGAGAAGCAGGAGACCCUGGGGAAGAUAAUUUCUCCCGUGGUUCCGGUGGUCCUAGAGGGCCCAAGGGUUACCGAGGCCCUGAAGGCCCCCCGGGACCUCCCGGAACCCCCGGGCCUCCAGGACCAGAUGAAUGUGAAAUUUUAGACAUCAUAAUGAAAAUGUGCUCUUGCUGCGAGUGUAAAUGCGGCCCCGUCGAUGUGCUUUUCGUGUUGGACAGCUCGGAGAGUAUCGGCCUGCAGAACUUCCAGAUUGCCAAGGAUUUCAUCAUUAAAGUCAUUGACAGGCUGAGCAAAGAUGAGCGUGUGAAGUUUGAACCGGGGGAUUCCCGAGUGGGUGUCGUACAGUACAGCCAUGACAACACCCAGGAGCUGGUGGCGAUGGGCGAUGCCAACAUUAACAACAUCGGAGCCCUGAAGGAGGCCGUGAAGAAUCUGAACUGGAUAGCAGGUGGCACCUACACGGGGGAGGCCCUUCAGUUCACCAAGGACAGACUGCUGGCGCGGUUUGCCUCCGAUAAGAGGGUGGCCAUCGUCAUCACCGACGGACGGUCUGACACGCUGCGGGACCUCACUCCACUCUCCUCGCUCUGUGAAAUCAACACCCAGGUGGUUUCCCUGGGAAUAGGUGACAUCUUCCGAGCAUCCCCUAACUCGGAGCAGCUCGGCGUCAUUGCUUGUGAAGGCACAUCCUACAGCCCGGGACUGUCUGUUCAAAGGGACAACUACGCUGAGCUGCUGGAUGACACGUUCCUCCAGAACGUGACCUCAUAUAUCUGCCGAGAGAAGAAAUGUCCAGACUACACCUGCGCAAUCACCUUCACAAAGCCAGCUGACAUCACUCUCUUGGUGGACAGCUCCACCAGCGUUGGGAGCCAGAACUUUGAGCUCACCAAGCAGUUUGUGAAGCGGCAGGCAGAGCGGUUCCUGACAGCGCACAUGCCUUCGGACGACUCUGUGCGUGUCUCUGUUGUCCAGUACAGCGGCAAGAACCAGCAGAGACUAGAGGCACAGUUUUUGCAGAACUACACAGUGAUCGCCAAAGUGAUUGAAGACAUGGAGUUCAUUAAUGAUGCCACAGAUGUCAAUGCCGCCCUCCAGUACGUCACCCGCCUGUACCAACGGUCCUCCCGGGCCGGCGCCAACAAAAGGGUACUGAUCUUCUCAGAUGGCAACUCUCAAGGGAUCACGAGAAGUGACAUAGAGAGGGUAGUGCAGGAGGCUCACCGGCUGGGCAUUACAAUAUACGUGCUGGCGAUAGGCAGCCAACCCCACGAGUCCAACCUCCAGGCCCUUGUUACUGGGCAGACCACAGAGCACAAAGUGGCCUAUGAGGAGAACCAUCUCUUCCGAAUGCCUGACUACAAGUCCCUGCUGCAAGGUGUCUUCUACCAAAAAGUCUCCAGGAGGAUCGCUGCUGAGAAUUGAGCGGCAGGGAGGACCUCCCCCAGCCCAAUACAGACAGGCUGUGUAUGCUUUGCGUCUCUUAAAAAUGAAGAAGUUAGCAAUAUUCUUGAUGAACUUGUGUUUAUAUAUAAAGCCAUAGUGCCAGAGUCUGUCUGUGCACAACCCCCUGCCCCUGCUUGGAGCUCCCUUUUCAUCUCCUUGGGUCUGAGCUGCCUUCCCCACACUCUGAGUCCCCCCAGCAGACAAGCACAGAGGCAGCCUAGCUACUGGCCUUCAGAACACAUACAGAUCCCUGGGGCCAAUUAGACUGAUGAGACGAAGACCACUAAGAACUUGCCCGGUUUUACAAGAUUGAGCACACACUUUACAUAUCGAUUUUGGGUUUUCUUUAUUCAAUUAAAGCUCUUUGCUUGCCCCGUUCUCCAGGGGCUUCACCAAUGCCAUGUUUAAGAUUAAACUUUAAAGUGCCAACAUCUCUCUGGCCAGUAGAAAGGUAGGAUCAUGGUCAUGGCUGGCAGGUUUGUUUUACAUCUCCUGCUCCAGUGGGGGACGAAUGGGCUUUAAAACCAUCCUCAGCAUCUCGGUGUCGGAGAUGGGUCCAAAGUGCAAAUGACUCUCAGUGCCAUGGGGUUAGACUCUGUUCGGCACAUCCAUAUCUCCCAGGGCAGUAGUGGAGGUGAUGGAGGACAGCUCAGCACUGGCUGGCCCCCAUGCACUCCCAUCCAUAUCAAUGGGAUUCGACGGGGCAUACAUCCAAUCACAUUGGACCUAUUGACUUUAAAAUAAUUGGAGAAUAGCCAGAGAGGGAAACAGUGGAAGAACAAGGUAACAGUGCUCCUGUGCUAGCUAAUGUCAUUCCCAUGUAAUCCCACCAGUGAUCUUAUGAUCUGUUAUGUUCCAAAGUAUCCUUUAGAAAAUCUGUCAAGGCACAUUGUAGUAUAUACUGAUGCAGAAUCCAGUGAUGUCAAUGGAAAGAUUCCCAUUAGCUUCAGUGGGUUUGGGAUCAGCCCCUAUAAGAUAUGGUAACAAACAAAGGUGCUACCCCUACCUAGGUGAUGUCUGCCCUAUAUGUUUACACGGUAAUUGCCAAGACCACACUAAAGAUGUGGAUUGGCUUGGAGAAGUUUCAUUCAGUGUUCCCAGUGGUGCUCUUGCUUAUGAAAUCAUGUGCUUUGAAAAGAAAUGCCGUUGAUGACGUCAAUGUUGCAGUCUAUUUUACUCUGUAACCAAGAUCCAUUUUACCAGUUAGUUUUAUUUUAUGCCUGUUUUACUGAAAUGUCUCCACGUCAAGAGUUUGUCCCAAUAAAUGGUUUUCCACA